AAAAAAUAAGGAGGAAAGAAAACAACUUUAGAGUUUAGUUAAUUGAGCCAAUGAACCUCGAUGGUCCCUUGGCUUGUGCGCGAAUUGUAUUUAUUGGUGGAUUAACAGCCAACUAUUCUCAUCUCUCAGAGCUCAUUCAUCGUCUCCAUCUGUUCUUCUUCCAUCUUCUUUUGUUUAUAUAAAAAAUACUUUUGACAUUUCCUAAUUAUUUCUCAUAUUCUCAUAACAUAAGCAUAUCCUCAGCUAAAAGAAAAUGACUGUACAAAAUCCCCUGGAUCUACCAGAGAUACUCUCAUGCAUUGGUGAAUUUCUAAGGCCCCAAGACCGCAUUCAUUGUCUACGAGUGUGUAAAACAUGGUACCGGACUUUAUUGCCUCAAGCAUGGAGGACUAUCUGCCUUCCCCCUAUGAGUGGCGUUAGUAUGCAGAUAUCACCAAGGCUAAAGGAUUCAUCACCCUCUAUGGAGUUAUUGGAACGACAUGGCCCCUUCGUACGCACUCUAGAGACGACAUACCGCAAUAAUAUGCACAAUAGCAAGCAUCAAUACUUCUCUAACUUGACUAGCCUCCGGACCUUGAAGCUAUGGAUGACAGAUAAUGAUAAUGCAGAUCGAUUGGACGCCAGAUCAAAUUCAAGCACACAUCUACCCUUACACUCACAUUCACAAUCUUACCCACAUUUACCUUCGCAAAAAACAAUGAUAUUGAUCAUGGCUAAUAACUACGACCUCUUGACCACGCUCAAAGUAAAUACAGCUGCGUAUGGGCGGAGACUCCCAAAGGGCUUUUUGAAUGCUCUUACGAACUUGAGGGCUCUUAAGUAUUUGACGCUAUCCAACAUCAUGAUGACAAGGGAGCAUGUGGAGGAUCUUCGAAGGCUUUGCUGUAUUCGCCUAGAGAGCCUGGCCCUGAUGGAAGUCCUUAUAGUACCAAAUAAGAGCAAUAACCAUAAUAGUAACGACAAUGGUACCAGUAGUAACAGUACAGUAGCAUUGCAUCCGUUCCCAUAUUUACGGGAAAUUGGAAUGUAUCAUGUGGAAGGCUUCGAUGGUCAAGAGCAGUUUGAUUUAAUUCAUCAUUGUCCGCUUCUCGAGAGCCUGAGCUGGUAUUCAAGUCAGUUGGAGAUGACAGAGGUCUCAGUUUUGUUGGCGAAGCAAGUCUUGACUGGAACAUGGCCAUUUCUUAAAAAACUAUCCAUUCAUCUGAACGGUAUGUCAGAUUCAACUUUAGCUAUGAUUCUGAGCGGGUUAGGGGAACGGACCGCAAAACUAAAUCUUGCAGGGACAGGAUUUGGACCGUUGAGUUUUUCAAAACUGCAGCCUGCUCAAGCAUUGAGUGUUUUGAAGCUGCAAGACUGUGUGCAUUUGACAAGCGAAAUGCAACGAAAGAUCUUGUGCUCCUGUCCAGGGUUGAGGGUGUUUAUAGGUGAGGCCAUUGUGGCCAAGGAGGUGGUCAUCCAUGAGGAUAGGCCUUGGGCGUGCCAGUUGAUAGAAACACUGGAUGUUCGGUUCCUAUUUGGUGGUGGCCAUGAUGAGGGUUGCAAUAAUGAUGGCAGUGAAGAGGAUGAUGAUAAGGAAGAGGCUGAAGAAAAGCUAUGUCAUAAAGAAUCCAGGGUCUCCAGCAAAAAGAAGAGAAUGUCUUCACAAGAUAUUUGGAAUGCUAUUCAAGCACGCCUCUCUGAAUUGAAGUAUCUUAAAAGAUAGUAGAUAAUAACGCCUCACUCUUAUGUUUCUAUGCCAUCUUCUGCACAAUCCAC